CGCGACAUGCCUGCAAGUAUCUACUCUCAUAUAGAUUUGGAUAUACGUGGACUUCGGUGUAUGAACAAAAAGAGACCGCAGGAUCUUGGGGUGUACUUUACUCCUACUUGGGGUAGACUUUUGCCUGUAAUGAGUACUCAAAUGAUUUUAAUAGGCACACAAUCUAUGCACAACUUGCAAAGAGAAAGCGAUCCUCCUCCUUUGCUUGCACAGUAGUCCUUGCCCAUCACGCUUUUAUUUAACAUUCCACUUGCCUGGGCAGUUCUGAAGACUGGACUGAGUCCAAGCUAAUUCUGUAUAAGUCGCAUCCAACUCAUUAGCAAGCACCCAAUACAGAGCAAUAAUCUGCAGGAGACCCUAGAUUCCCUCGUCUCUUUCCAUUUUUUUUCCAGAGCAAAUAUGGAGGAUUCGAAGCUGUGCAGGUACUUAAGCUUCUGCAUGAUCCUCACGGUCCUCGGUUUGCUCGUGAAUGGUGCCGCAUCGGAAGUUUACACGGUAGGCGACAGCGACGAAUGGAACAGCGGCGUAAAUUACGGCGUGUGGUCUCAGAAAUACAAUUUCAGCGUCGGCGAUGUGCUUGCCUUCAAGUACAUAAAAGGCCAACACAACACAUAUGAAGUGACCGAGUCGACGUUCCGCUCAUGCGACACGAGCACCGGCGUGCUGGCCAAGCACACGAGCGGCAACGACCAGGUCACCCUCACCGAAGCCAAGAAGUACUGGUUCGUCUGCAGCGUGUUAGGUCAUUGCCUCGGCGGAAUGAGGUUCGGCAUCACCGUGAAAGAAUCGAACACCACAGAGAGCCCACCUCUGGCUCCGCAAUCGGGGUCUCCGGCGCCUCCACAAAUCAAUGACAACGGAGCUCAAGCCACUAGGGGAUUGAGCAGAUGGGAUUAUCUGAUCCUGUUUGGUGUUUCGAUUCCGUCGUGUUUGGUAUGGUAAUCGAGAUUUUGGGACCGAACGGUGGUUGUUCCUGUAUGAUGUUUUCUUGAGCUUAUGGGUGACUCUUUCUUUUUCUUUUCUUCUCUUUUGACAAAGUCAAUGAUUUCAUUUAACAAGAA